UCUAAACAUUAAAAUUAUUUGCCAAUUUUAAGAUCUAGAUCUUUAACAUCCCCGGUUACAAAAGUGAGUGCGUUGCAAUUUUGUACACAGUCGAAUGCGGGUUCUUUAACAGUUUAACCGUCACCUUUCAUAAAGUUAUAAUGUCUAAAUUGUUAGUGGCGUUGGUUUUGUGUUGUGGUGUUCAAAGUUUUCCUGACGGUGCCCCGAUAGACACAUGCGUGAAGGAGCGUUUUAAUCAGCCGAAUCAUGGCCAACACAGACCACAAUACGCUUCUUCCCUGCCUUACAGGGUAAUAGCUUCUUCAGCAAAUUAUGGACCACAUACACCUAUCACAGUGACAAUAGAAGGAGCAGUUCCGUUCAAAGGUUUCUUCAUGCAAGCUCGGUCUGUGGAAACUAAUCAGUGGAUGGGCUCGUGGGAGAAUGCGCCCAACACCACGCUGUUGCCAGAAUGCUCCUCAAUCACACAUGCAGAUCCCAAGGAGAAGUUGAGAGCUGUCCUUGUGUGGCGAGCACCGCCAGAUGCGCACGGCAAAGUUUAUUUCACAGGCACGGUGCUAAAAACAUACAGCACGUUUUGGUCAAAUCUUGUAGCGGAGGCACCAGUAGACCCUACGCAGCUUCAAAUUUUGGGCUGAAAACAAACACACGCCUGAAGUACUAACAAAAUUUAAUAAUUAUUGAACAUAAACAUAAACAUAGACUUUGUUAAAUUAGCAAAUUAUGCAUGUACUAAUAUUUUCUCCGUAUACGGGGAUUUUGCAGAUAGACGUCCUUCGUAUAUCUACGGAAAGUAUGUUUGCUAUGUCAGUAAUCCACAGUUAGUAAUAAAAUGUUAUCGCAAAA